AUGCUGGUGGGCGCCAGGCUCCAGCGGCGGCGGCGGCAGCUGCAGCAGCAGCAGCAGCAGCAGCAGCCCCGGCGGCGGCAGCCUCUUCUCUGGCCGAUGAAUGCAGACCCGCCGCCGCCGCCGCCGCCGCCCUGGGUUUGGAUGGUCCCCGGCUCCGCUGGGCUGCUCCGGCUGGGCGCCGGGGUCGCGCCCCCGCCAGUUCUGCUAGCCUCGGCCCAGCCCCCCGCCGCCCCGCUGCUCCCGGGGCUUCCCGGCUGGCAAGCCCCGGGCGAGCCCUUCCUGCCGCUGCUGCCGCUGCCCUCUGCGCCAGACCACGCCGCCGCCGCCGUGCACCACUACCCCUUGCUCAACGGGCAGUGGCUAUUUGGUGGUCCCUCUCCAUCAAUUGGACUGUCCCCCUCUUCUGCUGUGGAAUUGGUGCCCAUUUUCCCACACGUCUGCCCAUCCGUCCUUGCACCUUCUGUUGGGAAAAGUUGGAUAGACAAAAGGAUGCCUAACUGCAAGAUCUUUUUUAACAAUUCCUUUGCUCUGGACUCAACGUGGAUGUAUCCUGAGGAAUCAAGAUUGUUCCAUGGGCAUGACAAGCCUCAACUGUUGGGAAAUCAAGUAGCCUUGUCUCUGUCCAGGCCAGCUCCUGCCUCCCGGCCUCUUCCCACUGUGGUGUUAACACCUCAGCCUGUACCAGGUGGUUGUCACAACAGCCUUAAGCCUGUCGGCAGCAGCCCCACCAUUGCCAUUGCAGCUGCCGCCGCAGCCAUGGUCUCUGUGGAUGCCGAGAGACGGGGAGGCCCAUCACCAUCCAGCGUGCAGCCCUGCCACUUCCUGACGCUGGCGCCCAUCAAAAUCCCCCUGCGGAAGGCGUCCUUCUCCGAUAAAAGCAGAGAACGCAGCCGAGCGCCCUGCCCACCAGCCCUGAUGCUGCACACAGAGAGGAAGAGCCCGGCGGAGGACGGAGAGGACAAGGCGCCUCCAUCGAUCCUGGUGACGGGAGAGGACCGUGCAGCCAAAGGAACAAGACCGGUGGCCUCCACGCCCGUGCCCGGAUCCCCCUGGUGCGUGGUCUGGACGGGCGAUGACCGGGUCUUCUUCUUCAACCCCACGAUGCAGCUGUCCGUCUGGGAGAAGCCCUUGGACCUGCGGCACCGCGGGGACCUCAACAGGAUCAUUGAAGACCCUCCCCACAAGCGCAAGCUAGAGGCCGCGCCAGGCGACCCCAGCGAUGGAUCGAGCUCUGAUGACGGCAGGGAAGCCCCCGACGUGAAAACCAAGAGGAAUCGGACGGAAGGCCACAUGAGUCCCGGGCCCGAGGCGGCGGGGAGCGGGGACACGGGCACCAAGACGCCACCCCAGAUCCUUCUGCCCCUGGAGGAGCGGGUGACCCACUUCCGAGACAUGCUUCUGGAGAGAGGGGUGUCCGCGUUUUCUACCUGGGAGAAAGAAUUGCAUAAAAUCGUGUUUGAUCCGCGCUAUCUCCUGCUAAACUCCGAGGAGCGGAAACAGAUAUUUGAACAGUUUGUCAAGACAAGAAUAAAAGAAGAAUACAAGGAAAAGAAAAGCAAAUUGCUUUUAGCCAAAGAGGAAUUCAAGAAACUUUUAGAGGAAUCGAAACUGUCACCCAGGAGCACGUUUAAAGAGUUUGCCGAGAAGUACGGCCGUGAUCAGAGGUUUCGACUUGUCCAGAAAAGGAAGGAUCAGGAGCAUUUCUUCAACCAGUUCAUCCUCAUUCUGAAGAAGCGGGACAAGGAAAACAGACUCAGGCUCCGGAAGAUGCGAUGA